GAUAGGAGUGAAAUAACCCAGUGGAGGCAUUUUAAAUGUCUUGUGCAUCUUUCUGUAACAUCCUCUGUUGGUCUUGCAAUACUUAGCUGGAGGAGAUUGGGAAAGAACCUGACUGAGAUGCUCAGUCCCAGCUGCAGUGGUGCUAACAGUACUUGGUGUAGUAGCAGCAGUAGCAAUAGUUCUCACCGAAAUGGGCGAGAGCCCUCUCUGAGUCCCACCGGCCACCUCAUCACAGCCAUCUGCCUCGGCAUCAUUGGGACUUUGGGCUUCCUGAAUAAUCUCCUGGUCCUGACACUUUUCUGUCGGAAUAAAGUGCUGCGUUCUCCCAUUAACUGGCUGUUGAUGAACAUUUCGGUGAGCGACUUGAUGGUGUGCAUUGUGGGCACUCCUUUCAGUUUUGCAGCCAGCACUCAGGGGAAAUGGCUCAUUGGGCCAGCUGGCUGCGUGUGGUAUGGCUUUGUCAACACCUUCUUUGGUACAGUGUCACUUGUUUCCCUGGCUGUACUUUCUUAUGAACGAUAUUGCACAAUGAUGAGAACAACGGAAGCAGAUGCCUCCAACUACAAGAAAGCGUGGAUGGGGAUCUUUGUGUCCUGGAUAUACUCUUUAAUCUGGACCUUACCACCACUGUUUGGAUGGAGUAGCUAUGGACCAGAAGGACCAGGCACAACUUGUUCAGUGAACUGGCAUUCAAGGGAUGCCAACAAUGUGUCUUACAUAAUUUGCCUCUUCCUCUUUUGCCUUGUCAUUCCUUUUUGUGUUAUUGUUUACUGCUAUGGCAAGCUUUUGUGUGUCAUAAAGCAGGUGAGUGGUAUAAAGAAAGGAGUGGCACGAACAAGAGAGCAUCAUGUCCUGAUCAUGGUGGUUGUGAUGGUCAUUUGUUUUUUGCUGUGCUGGCUACCCUAUGGGAUUAUGGCACUGAUAGCCACUUUUGGGAAACCUGGUCUAAUUACUGCACCUGCCAGCAUCAUUCCUUCCAUCCUCGCAAAGAGCAGCACAGUCUACAAUCCGGUCAUCUACAUAUUCUUAAACAAACAGUUUUACAGGUGCUUUUGUUCUUUCCUGAAAUGUGGCAAGAUGCCGAGCAGCUCCAUCAGCAAGUGUUCCUCAAAAUCUACUCGAGUCUGUUGCACCAUCCAGGGAUUACAGGACCACAACUUCACAUUUGUGACUGCCUCUGCAGGACAGCCUUUCUCAGGGCAUCGAGAAGCAGCCACUCGCUUGCAGAAUCCCAAGCUGACCAUAGACAACAACUCCAAGGCAAAACAAACCAUACUGCUUGUAACUCACUAUAACACUUAGGUAAGACAAACACUUUGCUGUCUUGCAUUGAAAAGGAGGCAGGCCCGGAGCGAGGGGGAACUGCGCCCAGGGCACACGUGCACCCUAUGCCCCUGCCAUGCCCCCGCCCCAGAAAGCCCCCACCCUGGAACCCCCAUGCCAUACCCACACCAUGCCCCUGCACUGGCACAUGCCUGGUACGUUGCACACACCCCUGCCCCCUUGGCGCUACACCACUGAGAGGAGGUAACAGAACUAAAGAGGAACUGAAUAUUGGGUUUGUGAAAUCCUAAUUCUGCAAUGAUGGGAUGUAGCAUUUGGUUUACCACCUGAAGGGAGAAGUCUCUAACAUAACAAUCCUGAGGUACUCCUGCUGUGGAGCAACUAUGGUAUCUUAGUCUAGUCUACAAAGGGUUGAAUUACAUGGCAGGAAAACAGAGGGGUUUUGAGGCUUUCUUGGGGGCAACCAAGUCAGUAUCCUUAGCUACUGCACUCCAUGGAGGCGUUGUGACCAGGCAGUGCGGGUUCUGAGGGACAGGGAAGUUACAACCAAUCAGGAUUACUAGGAUUGGGAACCAAGCCAAAGGCCCUUCGGAGUCCAGUGUAGAGGGGGCACAACCAGGGAGGCUUGCUCACUGUCAGUGGCCUCUCCCCGCUUCCCUUAAAGUGACUAAGUUCAAUUACAGCCUUGGGAACCUGACAGUGGUACAGGGGUGCGAGCAUUCUCCCCUCAGCACCCCAACCAGGCCCCUUCCUACACUGAGCAAACAAGACCCAGAAGGGGGAAGGGCAAAAUAGCUAUUGAGAUGAAGUGUCUACAUUACGUGACUGAUAAAAGUAUUGAAUUACUGUGUAUGGAGAAGAUGGUAAAAUUGGUGGUUUAAAAUGUUUAAUUAUUGUUGUGUAUAUAGUAGGACUGUGCACAGUGGUGGGAUUUAAAUUAUUUAACUGCUGGCUGUUUACAAGCACCAUUUUAACAACUGGUUCUGCCGAAAUGGUGAGAAUUUGCUGAAUCCCACCACUGACUGGGCAUCCAGAUAAAGUUGAAUCAAAAUAAACCUAAAAAAGCCAUUUAAUCUUUUCCAGGUUUAUUUUUGGCUAAAAAGUAUCAGUAAUUUAAAGGAGCUGAAAAAAAAUGGAUCCUGAGAAAUGAUGCAUUUUUCUGGCAUUUGUUGAGCUGCUUCAGCUCUGCCACCUUUAAAAAAUGGGGGAACCCCUCUCUCCCUCCCUCUCCCCCCACUAAUCUGCUGAACACUGCCUCUGAAGUCCACAUGGGUUCAGAUCCAGCAGAAAGCUGAACACUCAGCUGAGCCGCCUUUGAAGACCUGAUCUCCCCUGCUGCCUCUGAAGACCGUUUGAACUUUGGAGGUUGCAGGAGAGGAGCAGAGCUGAAUGUUGGUCUCAGCCUAUCUGAGCUUAGCAUUCAGCUCUCUCCCAUCACCCCAAAGUCCACUUGUUCUUUGGAGCUUGAAAUUUUUUGGGAUCAGGUUUAAAAAACCCAAAACAUUUUUUUAAAAAGCCAAAAAAAAGCUGGGAAAAAACCCAUACCAAUAUGGAUCUUUUACACCGAAACUCGAAAAAUGCUGAAAAAUGGUGCACACCCCCAAGUAUAUAGAAUAUGGAAAGACUGUAUAAAAUAUAUCAACAAAAGAAUGAAUAGAAAAAUGAUAAUGGCAUUGGGACAGGACAGAAAAUUAAGUGAUUGAAGGAUGAUGGCGAACAGUAUGUCCUGGAGGGAAUGAAUAACUUUUCAGAAAUACUGAUACAGCAAAUCCACACUGUAACAAAUCAAAUGAAGCAAUCAGAAAGAAAGAACUCAAGGAAAAAAUUAGACCAGCAGAAGAGAAUACAGAAGAAGAGAAGAUAAAAAAGAAAGUGAGAGGAGACAGAUCUAUCAGAAAUGUUUUUUAAAAGAUACAAGAAAAUACACAAGAAAUUGUGUGAAAGUAAAGAAAGACAAAAAAAAAAGAAUUGAACUGUACUUGGAAGGGCAAGACCUAAUCUGUUGGUGUUUUCAUGAAUGUAUUAAUACACUUUGGCUUUAGCGUACGCUUAUGUUAUUGUGUUUUCUGUGGAAUGUAAUGAUUUUAUGGUCUCUUACUUAUUAAAAAAUACCCCUAAGUGCCACUGGCUGCCAUCAUCAGAUCACAACGCACUACCUAAGCACCUAAUUACACCAGGACUUUACAUCCUUUCUUUUCCUUAUUUUUCUAAAUAACAUCCAGCCUGAACAAGAUGUCAGGAGAAUUCAGAAACGUGCACAAUUACAUGUAACUGAGUUAGUUCUAAUAAAUGUUAUUAUGUGGAUUGUGUGCAAUGUAUUUGUGCGA